GGCUCGUGGCGGAUACACACACCCUCAGCCUCCUCUUUGCUCAGCUCAAGAACUGGACGAACUCAGCAGCAGCCGGCGGUGGAUUCCUGAUCAGCACAAAUCAGCAGCCGAUGAACACCGAAUUCUAUUCAGUGUAUGACGUGCCGAUCGACCAGCUGCUCGGAGUACCACCUGACGAGAGUGACCUCCACGGAUGUUGGGAAGGCUUUGGAGCCAAGGGAGGCCAACUUGCAGCUCCCUAUUUUCCUUCUACUCACGAUGAGACGCCAGAUGCCACAUCGCCAGAGACGGAGUGGGCCGAUCAUACAGUGGAUGGCUUUGAAGCCAAUGGAGGCCAACUUGCAGCUCCCCACUGUCCUUCUACCCACGAUGAGGCGCCAGACGCCACGCCACCGGAGACGGAGUGCGCCACUCAUACAGCAGAUGGACCAGAGAGCGGCUGGAGGCGCAAGAGAGGCCCUCGCAAGAGAAGGGUGCUGUUGUGCACAGAUCAAUCUUGGCAUCUGGGUAACCAUUUUGGGCAAACAUCACAUAGAACCAACAAUAGCCACUGGACACCUGAAGAGGUAGCUACGCUGGUGGAUGGCGUCGAAGAUUGCGGGGUUGCACGGUGGUCUGCGAUGAAGAAGAAAUGGUUUCCAACGUCGGUCCGAACUGCGAGCAAUCUCAAGGAUAAGUGGAGAAAUCUCCUGGAAUCAUACACGGGAAAUGCCGAAAGAAGCUGCUAUCUGCAUCUUGACAAGAAGCUGAUCGAACGAAUCAAAAAGGCAGCACUCAACAACCCGUAUCCGAAACCAAGGUGCACUGAUGAAUGAUGAAGGGGCCAUUGUUUAGGACUUUUUACAUUGUGAUGCAGUGCCUUGUAAAGCACUCUCUUACUAAUGGAGGCAAGAUGUUUUAGCAGCUUGUAUCUCCUGCCUAGCUCUCCUGCUCCAGUUUAGUAUUCCAGUGUUAAGCUAACAUUAUUUGAAGGCUGGAUGUUUUAGCAGUGCCUAAAUACACACUCUAUGUGUGGCUACCUUCCUAGUCUUUUGGGUAGUGAUACUAUGCUCUUUGAUUGUGUGAAAACUGUACAGAUCGUUCAGCAAGAGUAUGGGCUUGAGUUGGUGAAAACUGAAUGUUGUUAUUGCACAAGCAUGGCAAGCAAA